CAUCAAUGCUGCAUUCAUUUUCACUCAGACUGCGAUGAUGGCUGUUGUACAAAAGGACAACUGGUACUUAAUGGCACUUCUGAUUCUCUUUUUUCCUGAAGCGUCGGAGCAGCUGAAGUCUAAAGGCAGCACAGUGAAGCUUGAGGAAGGGAUGCUGCUGAACUGCUCAUGUCCCUGGAGCGGGAAGCUUAUCAUGGUGUCAUGGACUAAUGCAAUCUAUUCAACUCCAAUCGCCAUUUAUCAUCCUGAUUACGGCGUCAAUUUCCAUUCCGCUUAUGAUGGUAGAGUUGAGUUCAUUAAAGCAUCAGCACUGGAUGGCAGCAUCAGAGUAACGAACGUCACUGAAAAAGACGAGGGAGUGUACCACUGUUCAGUGCAGACGUUUCCUGGUGGCUCCUGGAGCAAAGAAACCCGGGUGGAAAAACGAGUCAACAUCACCAACAUCCCUACCGUCCUCGCGCACAAUCCCAAAACCAGACUUAUCGUGCCUGAAAGCGAAACCGUGACCAUCGACUGUAGUCAUGCCGGUAUCGUGUACGAGGUCAGCGUGGAGAAGAUGGAGGGAGCGGAUGGAGGAAGCAGUCUGUUAGCAGUGUGUAAGCAGGAUGCAGACGGUGUGAAGCUCAUCGAGUAUCUGCCCAGUGGAAACCUGAACUGCAGCGAUGAAAUGGAGCUGAAGUUGCGUUUAAACAACGUGAGCCAAGAUGAUGGUGGGAUGUAUCGCUGUAACUUCAGCACAGACGCCGGGAUUUCCAGCAACCUUGUCAUGCUCGUGAUGUUCCCCAGUCCUAAAGGUCUCAGUGGAGCUCAGUACACGUGGUAUAUUUACACUGGAGGAGGAGUCGCAGGUGCGCUCAUCCUGGUGACCGUCGCACUUCUAUUACUAUGGAGAAGCAGGAGGAAGGGGAGGAGGCUGGAGUAUAGGACACGGUUAUGUGCCACCAAAAGACAGCCUAUUUACACUAAUGAGCAAGGAGACUUGUAUGACAGGAUGAAAAAGACAGCAAGGAACCAAAAAGGGAACAAUCCGAUAUACAUGAACCUCCCACACACGAGAACACAGAAGAACGGAAAAUGAUGAUGUUCUCACGUUUAUGCUGAAGAGACUGCGUGAUGUCAGAGGGACCUUUUGUUCAAGUUUAUUUCUAUACCGCUUUUCACAAUGGACAUUGUCUUUACAGGACGUAAGAAUUAUAGUACGCAAAUUUGUGAACUAAGACAUUAGUCUUGUGACACUCAGACAUUAGUCUUUGAUCGAAAGGUAAUGAGAAACUGAAGGCGAAAGAAUGAAAGAGUCACGUAUUUUACAGCAUAGUGAAAUUCUUGCAUCACACAUUCCAGUGAUGUUAGAAAGUUGGGGUCAGAGUGCAGGGUCUGUGCAUGAUACAGUGUACCUGGAGCACAAAGGGUUAAGGGCCUUGCUCAAGGGCCCAAAACUGGCAGCUUGGAGAUACUGGAGUCUGAACUCCCGACCUUCUGAGUAGUAACCCAGAGCCUUAACCACUGAGCUUCCACUUCCCCAUAAUGUGCUUUGAGUAAAGUAAGGACUUUAAAGCAGGGAAGAAAAGAAGAGCUGUUGAGAAAUUUCCUGGCUACAGUAUAACCAUGAUGCAGUGUAUAAAAAAAAAAAAAAAGUUUAACUGAAAUAACACCAGCACUGUUGAAUUUAUGAGACUAAUUGGUCCGCAAUUGUUUUUCUAUAACAGGAGUCCCAGUUGCAAUUCGAAUCACUGGUUUACAUGAGUGCACUUGUUCUAAUACAUUAUUGUUUCCAUAGUAACAACACACACAGGGGAGUUUAUGGUGGACCCUCCAUAUAGAACGAUUAAAGAUUUGUGCUAUUGUGUGUUGAAGCUGUAACGUUAAAAAUGUUCAAGCAAGGAAAGCUUUCUAUUUUUGUUUAUUUGGAAGAAAGGAUGUGAUAACUGGAGCUUACACUAGACAUUUCACAACAUUAAAUGUAAAUGUUAAAACAUUUAAAAAAUGUUAUAGCUGUGGUAUAAGCGGAAUAGAACACUGGUCAAAUGCUGAGAAAGAUGUUAAAUUUAUAUACUUAUUUAUUUUCCCAAUCCUUCAUGACUCCAUUUUUACUACGGUGCCUUUUUCUUUUAAUAAGACUAAUCUUUUAAUAUUAUCCACGAUUUUUUUAAAUCCACUGUAAUCCAUUUAAGCUGCUUUUGCUUUUGUACCUACAGAAAUGGAGAAAUGAUCUCUGAAGAGAAAAUACAAAUGUAGGUGGAUUACAGGAUCAACGCUGGAAGAUAAACCAUAAAGUCCGUCUCAUUGUGUAAAGCCCCAGAAAACUAUUAAUGACUUUAAAACACUGGCUGUAAUAUGGAUGAUUUGGCUUUUAGUUGAUGCUGUGAAAAAAGAACAGUGCAUGAUAAAAGUUUGAAGAACUCUUGUAAUAAAAGUGUUUUUGUUACCUCAAA